AUGACUUCCUCCACCAAAUCCGUCUUCACCACGGCGGCGAUCAUAGUGGCGCUGCUAGUGAUCACCACCAGAACGGCGGAGGGGCAGCAGGCAGAUUGUGCUUCAAAAGAAGUGGUGUCUACUCAACUACCUUGCCUGUGUAACCUUUACAACAAUCCGGGCAUGCUGGCUGGUAUUAAUAUCACUCAAGCUCUCGAGCUGCCGAAACACUGUAAUCUCUCCGCCGAUACCAGCAAAUGCAAAGAAGCUGUGUCUCCAACUUCAUCUGCUGUGCCACCUCCAGUUGAAGCCUUCCUCACUUUCCAUCAAAACAUCCUCCGACUGUACGGACCAUGGCGUCACUGUCGAGGAAGAUACGAGCGACGUGGUGGUGCUAGGCAGAAAGUGCGACUUCUCCCCGUGCCGCACAGUAGCUUCUCACACGCAUUUAAGCUGCACAAUGCUAUGAAGUGGUGGUCUACGAUGGCGAUGUGA